AUGGUGCGCUACAUUGUGCCAACACUUCUAGGCCUUGCGUCUGGCAUUCGUGCACUCCCAAACGUCAACUCGACAAACCAGUCCGGAACCCGCCUUCAGUUCAACAGCGAUGGCAUGUUCCAACUGUCGAUAUUCGAGGACUUGCAUUACGGCGAGGCGGAAGACACAACCUGGGGACCAAUCCAGGACAUCGAAAGCACUGCGGUGAUCAAUACCAUCCUCGAUAAUGAAAGCCCGGACCUGGUUAUCCUGAACGGCGAUCUUGUUACUGGUGAAAACACCUUUCUGUCGAAUGCGACCGACUACAUCGACGAGAUCGUUGCUCCCCUGGUUGAACGCCAGUUGCUUGACUACAACCUGUCGCGCAGCGCCAUCCUCCAGCGAGAGCAAUCCUACCCCAACAGCUUAACCCAAAGCCUGGUUGCCGGGGAACUCGCGGGGGUGUCGAACUACUACCUGCCCGUUUAUCCUUCCGACCCCUCAGCGACUACGCCAGCGUUGAUCAUGUGGUUCUUCGACAGCCGCGGUGGGAACUACUUCCAGGAACUGGAGAAUGGCAGCGAAGUGCCGCAGCCGUGCUGGGUGGAUGAGUCGGUAGUCGAAUGGUUCACGCAGACCAACGCCGACCUCACCGAACAAUACGAUAAAGUCAUCCCUUCGAUCGCCUUCUACCACAUCCCAGUGAAUGCGAUGCUCGCCUUCCAGAACCAGGGCGUGGACGCCCACUCAGAACCAGGCAUCAACGCCGACGACCCCCUGGACCAGCAAGGUGAGGCCAGCGGACAGGGCGCGGUAUCCGGGACGGUGUUCAGCUACUCGGGCCAGGAUAUCCCGUUCAUGGAGGCGUUAUUGAACACCGAGGGUCUACUGGCGACGUUCAGCGGCCAUGACCAUGGUGAUGACUGGUGCUUCAAAUGGGACACCCAGCUCCCCGGGAUGAACCUCACCGGCAACGGACUAAACCUGUGCUUCGGGCGUCACACGGGCUACGGCGGGUACGGGUCCUGGACGCGGGGAUCCCGACAGAUCCUGCUGAACGAGACGACCCUGGGGACGGAGAUCGCGACCUGGAUCCGGCUGGAGGAUGGGUCGGUCUCGGGCCAGGUCAGCCUCAACUCGACCUACGGGGAGGAUCGGUAUCCCGCUGUUGCGACCACCUAUACUUAA